GGUAAUCCUUUCAAAUCUCUCACAACUGAUAUUUUCCUGCUAACAUUACAUAUUUCCCAAUGGAAAGAGAGGUGAUGUACUGCACUCACAAAAUGUUUCCAACUAAAGGUGGAGACAUUCUGCCAUGUUUACUGCACAUCUAAGUUUAAGUUGUGCUCUUUGUCUUAACACCCCUCCACCUCAAAACAGAAAACUGAAGCCAUUUCCUGGAAUUUUUUGAAGAACGAUGAACACCAAAGGCAGUGUUACAAUCUUAUUCCUCUGUCUCCUGACUCUAUUGACCUUAACAGACUGUAGCAGAUGUCACACCAAUAAAUUAGAAGGGGACAGUCUCACCUUUAAACUGACUGACACGCAGCUUAAGGAUAAUGAUCGAUUCACUAUAAAAAAAGAUGAUAAAAUAGUAGUACCCAAAAGGAAUAGGAAACAAAAGGGACCGGGGAUUGUGAAAGAUAAGUUCCUGGAGCUUCAACCUGUGAAACUGAGCGAUUCUGGGACAUACAAUGUUGAGGUUUUUGAUGUGAACGGCAACACAUUAAAAUCUUACUCAGAAAGCGUCUGUGUUUAUGCAAAAGUCCCCAAGCCAAGAGUGACUAUUACAUGUCAGAAUGAGAAGGUUGACUUCAGAUGUGAUGUUGAAGGUGGCAAAGGUCUAUCUUUCAGCUGGUACAAAAAUGGGGAAGAUAUAAAGAUGAAUGUAUUAAACUUCUCAACAAAUAUCGAGGAGAACAAAUCAAACUAUACAUGUACUGCACAGAAUCCAGUUCAUAAAAGCACAAGUGAUCCAGUGGAAGAAACAUGUUUCAAGUCUGCUACACUCUUUGGCCUUGACUUUUGGAUCAUGGUGGGCAUCUUAGCUGGUGGAGGAGGUCUCGUACUGGUAUUGAUAAUUGUGCUGGUGACUGUUGCCUGUCGUGUCUGUAAACGCAGAGAGAAACAACACCGAGUGGUGUUCCGUCUGAGCAACCUCCAUACCUCUCCACCUCCUGGUUACCAAAAAUCAAAGCACACCACUAGGGGGCGACUUCCACCAAUACCCCAACCCAAGGAAAAUGGCACAAAUUAAAAAGCAUGAAACCGUUGUGAUACUGCCAGGAGAGAAUACACCACUCAGGUAAAAUGCACCUGCAACAUCCUAAGAAACUGGCCCAUGCUGCUGUCUUUUUGCAUCUAGACUAAUGCUACAUUCAUGGCCAAGUGGGAACUGGGAAGUUUCCAACUCCCAAAUUCCCAGUAGGAAAGAUUAUUUUCUUGUGUAAAUGCUUCUAUUGUAAUUCCUACUCAUAUGGCUCUCCAACUCGUAAUUCCUGCUCAGAAAUUCAAAGUUUUUUUAAGCGCUCUGACUUUUCUGAGUUGCAGUUUCAUGAUAUCAUGUCAACGACAUGCUCAUAGUAAAAAGUAAGACCAAAAAAAAUUUAAGUGUGAUUUAAAGGUCUUUUAAAUCUGAGUUUCUGUUUAUAUUUGAAAUUGCUAAAUGCUGGGUGAUACUUUGAUAAUUGAAAUAUUAAUUUGCUUUCUGCAAAGUUUUUUAUAAAUCAAACUUCAAAAUUUCUUUCAUGUAAUUUUAUUAUUAACAGCAACUAACCAAACAACUUUUUAAUCCUAGGUUUUUUAAGUAUAUAGCCUAAUAGUUUUUCUGAUAUGCAGUUACAUAAGCUGCAACGUUGUAAAAUAAACUAAUAAAAAUAGCAGGACAAACUGAUACAAACUAAACACUGAUCUCAUGCACUCAACUCCUCGGUUGAAUUUCUUAAACAUCUUAUUAUUGUAAUUGCUGUAAAAAUUGACUUAUAGAAUGCUACUCAGGCUAACAUCUUAAUAUGCAGUGAAUUUUAUUUAGUCUACUGUGUUCAUACAAUAUUAGAAUGAUAUUAAUGAUGAAUUUGGACAAUAUUCAACUCCUGUUAUUGUAAAUCCAAUUUACUGAUGCCAUGAUGAGUUGUGCUACAAAUACAUAACACUGUAAACGAGUCAUUCUUUUUCUUUCAGUGUUUACAAAAGAAACAGUUUUCCUUCACAAGUACAUAGUCAGUAUGUGUUGGGGAGUUUUGUUUUAUUAAUGUCAAGAAAGCUUAAACAACUUCUGUAAAUUCAGAAACUACCAAUGUUUGAAUUUUUUCAUAUGAAUUUUGUUGGCACAUUAAAGGUGGAAUCAAUCUGGCCUGCUUUAUCUUGGUUUCAUUUAUCACAUCAUUAAAAACCUGCUAUUUUAUCAGUGGUGUGUAGACUCUUUUAUAUCCACUGAACAUCUACAUAAAAGAUGUUUCUUUGAGUUGUAUAACAGUUGUGUUACUUUGCCAGUACAACUGUAAUGAGAAAAUUCUUUUGGUUUCAGUGAAAACUAUGAAGUAGCCUCGUCGAUGAUAUGUGUAAACUUACACUUGAUUAAAAAAAAGCAAAAAUA